AGCCGUCCCUAUUUUACACACAGCCGCGUACGAAAUUCUGCGGCGGAAUGUUCUACUUAACGGAAAUUUCUGUGAUGCCCAGUCUAAAAAGCGUAUAACUGCAAUAAUACGCGAUCGUCUUCAUCACCCGUCCCUAUUUUGCACACAGCACCGGAAGGUUCUAGUUUUCUAAAAAUUUACAAUAAUAGCACUCUAAACGGUAUUAAAUUUGACAGAAUUUGUAAUGUGAAAAUGCAACCAUGUGCUUUGAUACAAAUUUAAAAAUUUCUCGCCAGUGGAUUCAGUUUGUGCUAGCCAACACAACAGCCAACAGUUCAAUUUAGCUUUUCGUAAACCGUUUACUUGACAUCGAGAAAUCGGCCCAAGACAGACUAAUUUAAUAAAUUAUGGAGGUCAUUAGUCCUACAGUGAUUAUUCCCAACAGUGAAUAUAUAUAUAGGGACGCUUUGAUUGAUUCAGGUUCCUUUGGUGAUGUCUACAAAGGGCGAUGGCACUCUAUAAUUCGUGGUAAUAUCAUAAGCGUUGCGCUGAAAAUAAUUCGAAGCCCCGAAGCAAAUGAAAAAGAAAUUAUGAAAGAGAUUUCAUAUUUAAAACAUAUCGAUCAUCCGAAUAUUAUGAAAUUAUACUUGUAUUUCAAAACAACUGAGAAUCAAUUUUGCAUGUGUUUGGAGUAUGCAGACUGUGGAUCACUUUACGAUUUCUUGCAUAAGUCGAAUUGCUGCAUUUCGGACUGCUGGAAACUCGAAAAGAUGCGGCAAUUAUCCGCUGGUAUAAGGCAUCUACAUAGCAAAAAAAUAAUCCAUCGUGAUCUCAAAUCAAAGAACCUGUUGCUUUUCGAUAACUUUAAAAUAUUGAAAAUAGGUGAUUUUGGUAAAGUGAAACAACUGUCCACUAUUAAUACGGAAAUGUCUGGGACAUUUAUUUAUAUGGCUCCAGAAGUCUGUGAUCCUGAAGGGAAAGGAAACUACACUGAAAAAUGUGAUAUUUUUAGCUUUGGCAUUAUUUUCUGGGAAGUAUUGUCUAGGAAGAAGCCCUUUCAUGAGUUUAAAGAUAUGCAUGAAUUUGCUAUUCAAAAUAAAGUUUUGCGAGGUGAUCGUCCAAAUUUAAAUGAUUUUACAAUUGGGACUUUUCUUAAUAUAAACAUCAAUGAAUUAAUAAAAAUGUGCUGGCAUGAAGAUCCAGAAAAACGGCCGAAUAUAGAUUACAUAGAUAAUAUUCUAAAUAACUACAUAUAUCUAUAUGGCACUAUAGUGCCACAGCAUAUAUAAUUAUUUCACAUAUUGAUAUACAUAUGUAUAGAAACGAAAAAUCUUAAUAAAAUCAUUAUUUAUUCAUGUUUUGCAGAUACUUGUCACCAAAUAAUUUAAAUAACUUAAGCAGAGAACACAUGACGACAAUAAAAUUUUUACUACUUUCUUAUUGGUAUCUUGCCAAAUUCAUUGUUUCGACGGAAAUCUGUUAAUUAGGAGGCUACUCUAGUGUGCUGCGUGAUGUAUAGAUUUCUUAAACGCACGAAAGCUGUUUAAAACAAUGAUCCCUUUUUAAAGAUAUCAACACAUUAAA